AGUUUAUGAAUGUCAGGCUAUGCGCCAGUGGCUGAACCGACUGGAACGCGCUGUAAUCGUAGAAAAUAUAACCUAAAGUUUUGUCAAGUAAAGUUCUUCUUCUUUUUCUACAAUGUCAGUAAGAGGACGACAUCGACGUUAAGCAUGAAGCGAGUAAGCGGCCAGAUUGUAACUUUGUUAUGGCUCAUUCACCUGGCCGCUGCUGGGACACUUUGGGAACUUGAAGAAGAUGUCAGAAAGAAUCGGACUUUACGCGACAUUUCUUGCAAAGCAGGGACAUAUCCACACGAAGGCAUCUGCUGUUUAAAAUGCCCAGCCGGCAAUUAUGUUAAGGCACAUUGCACUGAAACAUUGAAGGAGGGGAGCUGUGAAACAUGUGAUUAUGACACAUACACUGAGCAUGAGAAUGGACUAAGUCAGUGUUUAUCAUGCACCAAGUGUCCUCCAGAUCAGAAGGCCACAAAAGCAUGCACGCCCGUCAGCGACACUGAGUGCCAGUGCAAACCAGGCUCCUUCUGUCUUCCUCACCAUGCAUGUGAAGUGUGCAAGAGAUGUUCUAAAUGUAAAGAGGGUGAGUUCGAAAAGAAGCAAUGCACCCCCACCUCAAACACCAUCUGUGAGAAGAAAAAAGCUGUGAACACCACAGUGAUUGUUGUGAUUGUUGUAAUCACCGUACUGAUAUUAGUGCUUGGAGCCUUCGUCUUUUGGAAGACUUUGCCACAUAAAUUGAGAGAUGCUCUGAGAAGGAAAGAUACCCACCAGAGAAACUUGGAGAGGAAUGUUCGGGUGGUUGAAGACAGACCCGCGACGAAGGAGCCGAUACACCGUGCCGUGAAGCAGUUGGUGGGUUCCGCGGCGCCGGAAGACGAGGACACGGGCCUGGGAGAGAGCCUCCCUAACACGGCCAGCUCCUCGCAAGCCAGUUUGUCUGCGCUCCCACCGCCUCCCUCCCACACCCCCCUCUCCUGCAGCAGCAGCAGCAGUGGCAACAGCAGCUCCACGCCUCCCAACCCGCUGACACAGCCUCUCCUUCGGGUGACAGAACAAACUCCAGGUAUUCCAAGACUCGUUCCUCUAAAUGGAGACGAUUCGCUGAGGAAAUCGUUCGACCUCUUUGAAGAGGUUGAUGUGCUGUUUCAUAAGAGAUUCUUCCGGCAUUUAGGACUCACUGAUAAUGACAUCAGAGGCGUGGAGAAUAAUUGCUCAGACGACAAAAUAUAUGCACUUCUCAGAAUAUGGAUGGAAAGAGAAGGAAUGAAAGCCAGUAUUAAUAACCUCAUAGACGCCUUGCUGUUCCUGGACCAGAGGUUCUCCGCUGAAAACAUCAUUGAGAAAGCGGUAGAGGGUGGUUUUUAUAAGUAUGAGGCUGCUUGAUGUAUGAUUAAAGCCAUGCUAACGGAGUUGACAUGGCCUUUGCAUAUUUGUUUGGAAAUGAACUUGAAUUUUUUUUUUUACAUUUUUUUUUUUUUUUAAAUAAGUCAGUUGCACUGGCAUUUAUGGUUAAUUGUACAUGUGUAUGUUUUGUUUAGGUACAGUAUGUUAACCAUAAAAUGGAGCGUAAAAUCAGGCUGUGAAUUAAUUUAAUGUAAAAAUGUAAUAUUGUAUACCCAUAAAGUUCUGUGCAAUUUGCCUUAUUUAUUUUGAAAAAAGUAUGAAGAAAUAGUGCCAGAGUACAAAGUAAAUUAUUUCAUUGGGAUAAAUCAUCAAUAUUUCGAUUUAAUAUCAGUUUCAAGUGUUUCCAUCAAACAAAAUGACACCGUCCUGUUAUUUUCUUCCAGCCAAAGGUUUGCUACAAGUUGUGUCCCGCUCCUAUAGCCGGCUUGAACAUCAGUCAUAUUUAGUAAUUGUAUGUUAACAUAGUUUAAGAAUUCAUGUGUUCCUUGUGUGAAGUUUGAAAAAGUUUUUCUUUUUUUUCUAUCAAGAGACAUUUUUGGUGUCAUACUCAUCCAGUAUUGCUUUCAUUGCAGUACAUCUACGUACAUAGUUUCUAUUUGUUCACAGAAAAUUCUGAAUGUGUUGUAGUGAAGCAAGGUAAUCAGUAAUUGGAUUUUGAUGGGCAGAUCCCAUUGCAAACAUUUAGACUUAUCAACUGAUGAGAUUUUUGAAUGUCGUCCAUGUGUGGUAUAUAUCACUGAAGAAUAAACUAUAUGUUACUUUCAAUAUUUUGUAUUUUUUAGGAUUUUUACUUGUGUUAUUUAGUAGCCCUGAAGGUGGAUUUGACUGUAUAGUUUUAUAUUUCCUGCCGCUGUAAUUUCUGUUGUAAGAAAAGAGCAAAACAAACAAGCCUAGUUUUUUCCGUUAUUUAGUGUAUUAUCUCAGGGUUUACUGUUGUGUUUUGUAUCUUCUCCUUAGAGGUUGUCACAAUGAAAUGAAAAGUUAUACAUUCCCAUGUGAUAGGGCUUUCCUGUAAA